GAGGUCAUGGGGGGUCGCAGCCACAGAGCGGGACGAGCUGCUCGGAAAAGGCGUCAGAAACGUGGAAACGCUGUUCGUUCAGCGUCUCUGAGUCAUCAGUCGCCAUACGUGAAGCUCAUGAAGUUUCUCCACCAGCGAGGAUUCACCUCAACGCCGCUGCAGCCGGCCCUGUUCACCGACACCAGCAGAGGGCUGCAGACUCUCUGGAGUAUUAAGCCUGGUGACAUGAUCAUCUCUCUGCCCGAGUCUUGUCUUCUCACCACAACCACCGUCCUGAACAGCUACCUGGGGCCAUUUAUCAAGAGCUGGAGGUGCCGUCUGUCACCCCUCCUGGUGCUCUGUGUCUUCCUGGUGUGCGAGCGGCACCGAGGGGAAGCUUCUGAUUGGUUCCCUUACAUAAGCGUGCUGCCCAACACGUACACCUGCCCUGUUUAUUUCUCAGACGACGUUGUAGAUGUUCUGCCAGCUGCUGUGAGGAGGCGAGCCGAGGAACAGAAGGAGGCGGUGCGUCACAUGCACUCGUCCAAUUGGGACUUCUUCAGGUCCCUGCAACUGGUUCUGAGCCAGCCCGUCGAGGAUGUCUUCACCUACGAGGCCUUCAGGUGGGCGUGGUGCAGUGUGAACACUCGCUCUGUCUUCAUGUCUCACCCGUCCAACCACUUCCUGUCUGGACAAGACAAUUAUGCUUUAGCUCCGUUUCUUGACCUCCUGAACCACCAGCCCAGUGUGCAGGUGAAAGCGAGUUUCAACGAUCAGACGAGAUGUUAUGAAAUAAGAAGUGUCUCCGGGACGAAGCGCUACCGGCAGGCGUUCAUUAACUACGGUUGCCACGACAACCAGCGCCUGCUGUUGGAGUACGGCUUUGUCUCCACCGACAAUCCUCACAGCGUUGUCUACGUGGAGACAGGUACACCUUGA